AAGUCGGUAGAAUACGUACACAAAAACAUUUGUGUGGACUAUUUUACAUUAUUGCAUACAGACAUUUUCUAUUCUGGACACAGAAAAUAUAUUUAUUAUAAAUGCUAGAGAGAGAAAGUGAGUCAGACUGAGAGAGAGAUAGAGAGAGAGAGAGAGAGUGCGUGAGUGAGUGAGAGGAGUAUUUCAGAAGCUCACUGCUUCGCUGAUUUUGAGGCAUGAAAUAGAGAGGAAGAGAGAGAGAGAGAGAGAGAGUGAGAGGAGUGCUGCACAAGUUUAACACCCACAUAAAAACCCCCAUCCCGUGUCAAAAAUAUCCAUUUUUUUAUUUUUACUGCAUUUGUGCUUCUUCAAUCUAAAUACAACAUCUUCUCUGAAAGUUUCCAGAGCAGAGGAAGAGAACCCAGAUAGGGGGCUUCUGGUUCCCUAGAGGGGUGUAUUGUGAUAAUGCUGAGGAAGAGGACCAGGUCAAUUCAGAAGGAUCAACACCACAUGAGUCAAGUACCAAUUUCUGAUUCUGGGUCUGAGUCCUUUUUCCACUCUGAUGUUUUGGGUCACAGUCUCAAAACCAAUUCUUUGUUUCCUGUUCCUGGUCUGCUUGUUGGCUUCAAUCCAAAGGGUUUAACAGAAUCUGAUUCAGUUUGGAGUCCAACAUCCCCUCUAGAAUUUAGAGUGUUUUCAAACGUAAGCAACUCCUUUAGGUCCCCAAGAUCAACCAAGGAUGUGACACAAAGGAGCUGGGAUAAUAGUAAAGUAGGUCUAAGAAUUAUAGAUUCUCUUGAUGAUGAUAGAAAACUACCUGGGAAAGUUCUCCGACCAUCAGAGAGCAAAAACAUUAUUUUUGGACCCAGAUUGAGGAUUAAAUCCUCAAAUGGUCAAACCAAUACAAAUUCUUUUGAGUCGACCAAAUCUCUGCCUAAGAACUGUGCAAUUUUCCCUCCUUACAAAACGAAAUCUCCCCUGCAAAAUGGCAGCUCUGAGGUUCUUUUUGAAAUUGGGGAAACCCCUUCAGAGCCUGAGUCAUUUGGUAAAAUCAGGCCUUGUUCAUUGGAUUCCUGUAGGAAAUUUUUGACCCUACCUCGUUUGAGUGACCUUAACCGCAAUUCCAGUUCUGGGAAAUUUUGUUUGGAGACUGUAACCAACCAAGCUAUUUCACCUCCUCAACCUAUUGGAGAAAGCCCAAAUUCAAACCAAAUCUCAGGAAUAAAACUGACUACAAUCCCUGGAUCCAUAGGUUCUGCAAAUGGAAUUGUUGGGUCUCUCUCAGCAAGUGACAUUGAGCUUUCUGAGGAUUAUACAUGUGUCAUCUCUCAUGGUCCCAAUCCCAAAACAACUCAUAUUUUUGGUGACUGCGUUUUGGAAACUCUCUCUAAUGAUUUGAGCCAUUUUGCUAGAAAUGGGGAUAGAGAGGUUGGAAUGCCCCAGCCCAUCACACAGACACAGAUUUCAAAUCCUUUCUCUUCAAAUGAUUUCUUGAGUUUCUGUUACUCUUGCAACAAGAAAUUGGAAGAGGGGAAGGACAUCUACAUUUACAGGGGUGAGAAAGCAUUUUGCAGUUUGAGCUGCCGUUCACAGGAGAUUUUGAUUGAUGAAGAAUUGGAAAAAUCCAAUGAAUGUGAUUCUGAAAACUCUCCUAUGUCUGAUGAUUGCAAGGAAACUUUUUGAAACUGGCAUCAUUUGAUGCUUCAUAACAUAGAGACUUGUGUUUCUGCUUCCAUCAUGUCCAUGAUCGAUGAGACUGACUAACGCCGCUGAUCAUCCGUAUAAAAGAGCUGUUUUUGUGUAUCUCUUGGCAGCCAUGGAUGAUCGUUUUGUACAUUGUUGCGUUUGCUACCUGUGUUUCAGCUACCAUGGUCUAGGUGGAAUGAUGGGGUUCAAUUUAGCUACUCUCGUUUUCCAUAAAGAGACAUUAAUAUGUGUCUUUCAAGUACUUAAUUCUCUCUUAUAUUAUGCCAUGUAGAAUGGUGAAAGCCCUUUUUUUUGGCUUCCCUUUUUCACUACUACGCCCGUAAUCUCUAUUAUGGUAAUUUUAUUUUAUUUUAUUUUUAAAUCAUCUAUCAUGAAAAAGUAAUCCUGUAUGACUGAACCAGUUUUUGACUGAAUUUGAAUUAUUAUUGUACACA